AGAUGCCUCUGGAGUCGCAGCAAUCGGACAGCUUAAAGAAUGAGAGCUCCAGCUGGAUUGCGGAGGCGGAGCUGAAAACCAGGAGGCAGACGAUCCGCUUCAGCCUCCGCCCCAAGUCAUCCCGCCGCCUGUCACAGAGGUCCUUCAAUGCCUUCAACGAGCUGGCAAAGCUAGGUGACCCCGACCUGCUGGAGAUGGUGGAGCAGGAAGGCUUAACAGCCAAAGAAAUAGACUAUGCUUUCCAACAGAAUGAGAACCUGGGCUCCAAAGAGACCAGCUUUCUCAUCCCUGAAGACUUACAGUCACCGCCUGAGAAGCGAUUCAAUUUGUUCCUGAGGAGGCGUCUUAUGUUCCAGAGAAGUGAGCACAGCAAAGACUCGGUCUUCUUCAGAGAUGGAAUCCGGCAGAUCGACUUUGUCCUGUCCUACGUGGAGGAUUUGAAGAAAGAUGGAGAGCUGAAGGCAGAAAGAAGACGAGAGUUUGAACAAAAUCUCAGAAAAACAGGUCUUGACUUGGAAACAGAAGACAAAUUGAACUCUGAAGAUGGGAAAACCUAUUUUGUGAAGAUUCACGCCCCAUGGGAAGUCCUGGUCACUUACGCUGAAGUGCUGGGAAUCAAGAUGCCUAUUAAGUUGAGUGACAUCCCACGGCCAAAGUACCCACCCCUGUCUUACAUGCUUGGGGCGGUGAAGCUUCCAUCCUCUGUGAAGUAUCCUACUCCUGAGUAUUUCACUGCCCAGUUCAGCAGACACCGUCAAGAACUCUUCCUCAUUGAAGAUGAGGCCACUUUCUUUCCAUCCUCAACAAGGAACAGAAUUGUUUACUAUAUUCUGUCACGAUGCCCUUUUGGAGUGGAAGAGGGGAAGAAAAAGAUUGGGAUCGAGAGACUGCUGAACUCGAACACUUAUUUAUCUGCCUACCCGCUCCAUGAUGGCCAGUAUUGGAAACCAUCAAAAACUACUCGCCCCAAUGAAAGGUACAACCUUUGCAAGAACUGGGCUCGAUUUUCCUACUUUUACAAGGAGCAACCUUUUCAUUUGAUUCGGAAUUAUUUUGGAGAAAAAAUCGGUAUCUAUUUUGUAUUUCUCGGGUAUUACACAGAAAUGCUGUUGUUUGCGGCUCUGGUCGGCUUAGCCUGCUUCAUCUAUGGCUUGUUAUCAAUGGAAAAUAACCGAACUAGCACUGAAAUCUGUGACCCUGACAUCGGAGGUCAGAUGAUCAUGUGCCCACUUUGCGAUGAAGUGUGUGAUUACUGGAGACUGAACACCACGUGUUUGCAUUCAAAGUUCUCCCAUCUGUUUGAUAACGAGUCGACUGUGUUCUUUGCGCUCUUCAUGGGGAUCUGGGUCACAUUGUUUCUGGAGUUUUGGAAGCAGCGACAAGCCAGGCUUGAGUACGAAUGGGAUCUGGUGGACUUUGAAGAAGAACAGCAGCAGCUCCAGCUUCGGCCUGAAUUUGAAGCUAUGUGUAAACACAAGAAGAUGAAUCCUGUGACAAAGGAAAUGGAGCCACACAUGCCUCUAUGCCAUCGCAUCCCAUGGUACUUUGUGUCAGGGACCACAGUGACCUUUGGGAUGGCUCUCCUCCUCAGCAGCAUGGUGUCCAUCCUCAUAUACCGCCUGUCAGUCUUUGCCACUUUUGCCAGCUUCAUGGAAAGCGAAGCCACCCUGCAGAGCGUGAAGAGCUUCUUUACUCCACAGCUGGCUACGGCUCUCUCUGGAUCAUGCCUGAACUGCAUUGUCAUUUUGAUACUGAAUUUUUUUUAUGAGAAGAUAUCUGCCUGGAUUACGAAAAUGGAAAUACCACGAACUCACCAGGAGUAUGAGAGCAGCCUCACUCUGAAGAUGUUUCUCUUCCAAUUUGUGAACUAUUACUCAUCUUGCUUCUAUGUGGCCUUCUUUAAAGGGAAGUUCGUGGGAUAUCCUGGGAGUUACACAUAUAUGUUCAACAUAUGGAGAAGCGAAGAGUGUGGUCCUGCAGGCUGUCUGAUAGAGCUGACCACCCAGCUAACCAUCAUUAUGAUUGGAAAACAGAUUUUUGGAAACAUCCAUGAAGCCUUUCAACCCUUGAUUUUUAAUUGGUGGAGACGCCGAAGAGCCCGAACCCACUCUGAGAAACUGUACAGUCGUUGGGAGCAAGAUCAUGACCUUCAGGUUUAUGGACAUCGUGGGCUGUUUUAUGAGUACUUGGAAACAGUUAUCCAGUUUGGGUUUGCCACGCUGUUUGUGGCCUCUUUUCCUCUGGCACCCCUGUUUGCUCUCAUGAACAACAUCAUGGGAAUCCGAGUGGAUGCCUGGAAGCUGACAACUCAGUACAGGAGACCUGUCGCAGCGAAAGCCCACUCCAUAGGUGUCUGGCAAGACAUUCUUUUUGGAAUGGCCAUCGUUUCUGUUGCAACUAAUGCCUUCAUUGUCUCAUUUACAUCUGACAUCAUCCCCCGGUUAGUUUACUUCUAUGCCUACUCAACGAAUUCCACAGAGCCCUUGAGUGGAUACGUCAAUAACAGCCUGUCAGUGUUCCUGAUAGCUGACUUUCCCAACCACACAGUGCCCAUGGAGAAAAAAGACUUCGUCACCUGCAGGUACAGAGAUUAUAGGUACCCUCCUGAUCAUGAGGAUAAGUAUAGCCAUAACAUGCAGUUCUGGCAUGUUCUUGCUGCCAAGAUGACCUUCAUCAUAGUGAUGGAACACGUCGUGUUUCUGUUUAAAUUUUUAUUAGCCUGGCUGAUACCAGAUGUUCCUAAAGAUGUUGUGGAGAAAAUCAAACGAGAAAAGUUAAUGACUAUCAAAAUUAUUCAUGACUUUGAGCUCAACAAGUUGAAAGAAAACUUGGAUGUUGAAUAUGGUAACAUCAUGAAGAAUGUUUUAGUAGAUGAAGACAAUUCCCUGAAGGCUAAAACUACAGUCUAAUCCACAUACAAGUGGAGAAGUUUUUAGCCCCUUCUCUAUCCACUGUUGCCUCUGGGUUUCAGGCUGGAUGCUAGAAGACAUGUAGCCAUUUGUUUUUCUUUCCUUCUUUUAUUUUUAACUCAGAGUGUUUAUGCACUUUAAUAGAGGUUGGCAGUGUGCUAUCAGAAGAGAAUAUAGGCAGGGUGAUCCCAGGAUUCUCUGGGGUCCUGUAAAGAGUUACAGGUGGAGCCUGUGAACUCAGAAAUCUAGGAAAUCAUGGAUUGUUGCUUCUUAAAGUGAAACCAUGGCCUUGGGGGGAGGAGGUACUCUGCUACUACCCAGGGCAAUUGUACAUCUCUACUGUCUCCUGCUGAGUGUUUUCUGUCUCCCUCCCAACAAGAAAAAGGUUGUUUCAAAGAUAAAUAUAGAAAAGAGACCUACCAUGUCCUAAAACAUCCGCUGUUGUAAAACGCACAAAUGAAAGCCAAAAUCAGAAUUCUUGAGAAAUCUCAUCUACUAACAAACACUGGAUAAAAAUCAUAGCAGCAGUGCAUCUUUAACAGUGUCAGGUGAAAGUUAGCUUCAGUUAGAAUCCCAGAUAGCCCUUCCUGGGAAAUGUAGAAUUCUUUUUCCAUGAGACUAAGUGAAUUUUUGUAAACGAUAGUCAGACGGCUUUUAAAGGUAGUGUCUCUGCUCUGUUGACUGUUUUCAACACCAUGGUGGCUGCAGGUCUCUAAGUGCAGGUAUUAUAUGAAGCCAGCGUGUUUUCUUAAGAGUUAAAGAAUGCAAGACAACACAUAGAGAUUAAUUCAUUUGAUUAUAAAGUGAAACUUACAAUUUCUCUAAAUGCUGAUUUUUGCAUCAUGAAGCCUUUUUGAGCUCUAUCCAUUUGUAUAAGUUGGGCACAAACUGUUUACAAAAUGUGACUCUUUUUGCUAUAAGGAAACUCCAAACUUGUAUGUUUACAGUAUUUUCAAGGGCUACAUCGCCCUUCAAUGUCCAGUGCCUUCUUUCUGUGCCCUUGACACAUGAGCAAUUGUCUAGAUGGCAUUGAUUUGACAUGAUACAACAUUUCAGAUCUCAACUUGUCACCUCUGUCAGUAUUGUGAGCACAGAGUUUAUCACCAAAACAUAAUCAACAAAGUGAGAAAGUGAUCGUGAGGUGUCAAAAUGACUGUUUGUUAAAUGAUCCCAUCCACACUCAGGGCUUUGUGGAUACCUCAAUUCUUGUCAUUGGUUCAGUUAAUACGAUAUCACAUAUGUGUCUUUAUGUAACUUACUGCCAGAGUGGGAGACAUACUCCAACUAUAGUGUACUCUAAUCUUUAGACUUAAAUUAGAAUUCAGCUAUAAAGAAGUAUUUCUUUUAAUCACAUACAUACAAAAAGCUUGGUCACAAGAUUUUUAAAAGAAGUGUUCACUUACCAAUAACAGUAUUUUACAGCAUAGCUGAUAUCACAGUAUUAACUAACUACUGAUAGACAUUACGUAUCUAAAACUGGGGAUUAUGGAUUUUAUAAAAAUGAUAAAAGAGUUAGCACAUCACAUUAUUGACAAUAUUGAUUUGUCAUAUACUAGGUAGAUUUUGUGAGCAUGUUUGGGUCACUUGAAAUGAUUUCAUAAUUGAAAGAUAAUUUUGUUCUAUGGAGAUGGUCAACUUAAGACAACCAUUUGUCUUGAGGAUGAUUCAAGCCACAGGUAUGGCUCUUACAGCCUGUCAAAUCACACUGUCACCACCAUGCCUGUCACACAGUAUGCAUUACCUUCUUCAUGGUGCUAAUUUUUUAAAAGGAAGAUUAUAGGGUUUGUUUUUUGUUUUUUUGUUUUUUAGAAAUAUGCUUUAAUUUUGUGGCUUGAAAAUAUUAUGAGGCUAGACUGCAAGAUAAGGACAAAGCUGACUUGCAAAGCUGCCCACACACAGCAGGUUCAAAACCAAGACAAGCACUGUAUAUCCAAAGUAAUCGUAGAAAUUAACAAAGCUGGAGUUUAUUCUACAGCAAGCACAUCUUAAGCUUAAUCUGUGACUUCACUAUCAAAUGCAUUGGUAGAUGCAUCACAUUUGCUCUGUACUCUUCCCACUGAGCACUUUCUUCUGGUUUCAUGACUCUGAGAUACUAGAGUCACUUUCUGGAAAGUCUGUUAGCCAAAAUCGGGUGUAGUUUGUCCCAGCAGAUUUGCUUCGUUUCACCCACGGCAUUGGUUGGUGUAGGAAUGCUCAGCUAGAUGCUCCUGACUCCAGAUGAGUUCUAGGCUGGGAUCCUUUAAUCCUUCAAAGAAGCAGUUAGUCUUCAAGUGCUGAAGCCCCAAGCCACACAACUCUUUUCAAAGUCAUCAUCAUCUUCAUUGUUUCUUUUCACACAAAACCCAAAAUCCUUCACAUCACUUACUUCAGGCGUCAAGAGGAGGGGACUAUCAUUAAAUGAAAUGAUCUGAAUUUGGCAGUGUUUCUGGACUCCUGGAUUUCAAUCCCUCCUUUUUUUUUUUUUUUUUUCAAGAGGAAAGAGAGUUGUUGCCUCUGAAUCUCAUGUGGAAUUCUUUGGGAUACAGCUGUGGGUAGGAAUAGACAAAUCUCGUCUCACUGAUAUGCCAGUUAGUAAGAGGGAGAGAACAUCUGGAGAAAUUCCAGGUGGACAAUUACUGUGUGUCAAAAGAAAGCUUUUCCUUGCAAAGUGUGUUUGUAGGGUCAGGUACUGCGAACAGCCAUUGACUCUGCUCUCCAGAAACAACAGUAUUGGUCAUUCAAAAAAAGACAAUCCAUUGCUUUGGACGAACCUCUCAUUGUUAUUAUGUAAUUGAAUGAUGCCAUGAAGGGAGGCAUUGCACUGCCAGACUUUGAACUCUGCCACAAGGAAUCAAUAGAACUAUCGUGUUACUGUUUUUGCAAUUUGAAUGUACUUUUUUGUGUAGUAAUUAAAGUAUGUCAGUUAUUUUAGCAUUAUGUGAAAAUUAAUGACAAUGUUUAAAACACAAUGUAUAGUAUGGCCUAAACUGUGUGAGAUACAAGUGCCCAUUCCUCUAAAUAUGUCAUUGGAUGCAGGCUGCAGCUCUCCUGAUAUGAGAUGCUGUGUCCUGAGGUUAACUCAGGGUAUACAAGCUUGGUCUUUCCUCCUGCCCCCCCCCCCAUCCAUCCCAUUCUCCCUCCUCCUCCUGUGCUUCCCUUCCUCUCUUUCUCUUUCCUUCCUUCCCUUUUCCUUCAUAUAUUUCUGUUCUCUGCUAAAGGGAGGAUGUGGGUAUUCAGAAAAAGGUGUCUUCAGUUAUUGACCUCAAUAGCCAAACCACUCAGUAAUUAAAGUAACAAAUUACUUCAAAUAUGUUGACACAAAUAUCCUUUUCAUUUCUCUCCAUUUCAUUAUCUGUUAACUCUAUUUAUUCCCUAUGCUACAGCUUCUUUUCUUUCUCUCCCAUCUACUUUUCCUUCUCAACUUGGGGGGCGUUGUUUUUUAAACCAUCUAAGUUCAUUUAGCGCUAUCUGAAUCAGCUUGGAUUUAGAGCUGAUUUCUUAAAUGAAGAACUUUAAAGAAGGCUUGUCAUGAAAUAUGAUGUUUUGCAGAGACUUCUAAACACACCCACCUACAGGGUUAGCUCAGAAUGUCACUGUAUCAUCAUCAAAGUGCAGAGCCAAUCAGGAGUAGCUGCUGGGUCUAGAGAAAUUGCUGAAAGCACUUUGACAGAGACUCCCAAACAGCCAGCCUGGCCUACCACCAGUUGCAAAGUUACUUAGGAUCAGGGCAGCCAAACCUCUUUAGCUGCUCUAGUCCUGUCCUUUCUGAUCACAUCUGAAGACUGUCAGUUGAGUAGUUUUACACCUUUAGUUCCCACUUCUUAACGAUAUUAUAUUCACUACAUGCAACCAAUAUAUAUUGAAGGCCAGAAUGCUCAGAAGCCAAAUGAGCGUAUCACAUUCUAAGUACUUUAUAGAUUGAUCAGAGGAUCAUACAGGAUGUAAAUAAUGAAGCAAAAUUAUAAAUAUUAUGGGGGAAGGCAUUUCUUUUGAUCCUGAAACCUGGUUGUGGACAAACAGGAGUCUGCAGGGCCAUCAGGCAUGGGCAGGAACUCCCAUGAACUUCUGCACAGGGGCCUUGGGUCUUCUAUUGCUUAUGUCAAUCUGCAGCCAAGUUCCACUCAUGGGAGCCCAGGGCUCAUCUGGAGUAGACAUAUAGGAGAAAAGAAAGCAAACUGGCUAGGUGGAUUGUAUGUUCAUCAUGCCAUGCUGAUCUUCAAGAAGAGUCACAUAAAGAAACCUUAGCUGCUUUACUGCUGUCUGUCAUUUUGGCAUGUAAAAUCUGGUUACAUUUUUCAUCUCUGUGACAAAAUACCCAACCAAUACAUAUUAAUGAAGGUGGGAUUUAUUUGGGCUCACUGCCUCCUGAGGACUUGGCUUCUCAUCCUGGGGAAAUCAUGAGAGCAGAGCAUGAGGCAGCUGGUUUCAUUGCAUCGGUAAUCAGGAGGCAUGAAUAUUGGUUAUCAGCCCACUACCUUUCAUUAAGUUGGGGACCCCAGUCUAUAUAAUGAUGCCAACCAUAUCCGAGGAAGGUGUCUUACCUCCAAUGUAAACUUAUCUAGAAACACCCAGAUGUGUGUUUCUAGUAGUGAUCCUAAGACCAGUCAAAUUGACAGGAUUAGCCAUCUCAGACCUUAUAGGAAAAGAUUUCUUGGACAAACAGGUACAGACCACUAUACAGACCAAAGAUAUCCCUAAGCUUAAGCUUGGUAAGGCUAUAAACCACUCAAAAAGCAUGUUCAACAAAUAGACGAAGUUUAUUCCCAUAAAAUGUUCUCAGUAAAUGAAAAACAACAAGUUCUUAUAACUCACAUUCUAAACAUUUUAAAUGUCAGAUCAUGUACAAUCUCAAAACCAAACACAACUAAUAAACUUCAUAGAACUGAA